AUGAUCAGAUUAAACAUAUCCAAUGCACAGGAUAUAAAGCGUAUAAAGACUUUACUCGAGGAAAAUCAAUGGUUAAACAAGUCUCACAAGAUAGAGAAAAAUGAUGGGGUUUUCCACAUCUACACUACGUUGGAAACCAUUCCACAAGUACUAUCGCAUACCCAAUGGGACCGUUACGACUUGGAGGAAAAGUCUGUUCAAUCGCUAACUGCUGCUCGUGAUAACUACUGCAGUGAGAACAAUGUAGCGUACUUUGACGUUCCAAAAAGAUGGACAGCUUAUCCACCAAUGUUACUAUUAAGUGCUAAUACUGAUGAUACUUUACCCAGUGAAUUUUGCAAGUACUUGCUUCGACAUUAUCAAGCGGUGUUUGGUAACAAAGGUAUUACACAUGUUGCCUUGAAUAGACCUAUUGUGGAGUCCGAUAUUCUUAGGCGACCUACAAACUUGGUGCCAGUAUAUGGGGAUUUUGGUCCCGACAUUGGUGUCAAUGAAUCACCAACGGAAGAGGAUUUCAAUCAGGCAUUUUGGUGCCUGGCGGUACAGAAUGGUAUAUUGCAAACGUGGGCCCCAAGAUACACCAUGUUUUCAAGAGGCAACAUUAAGGAGAAGAAACGAAUCUUGGACAACUACCCAAGAUUGAAGGGAACGAUUGUGUUUGAUUUCUACUGCGGUAUUGGUUACUUUUCUCUAAGUUAUUUGCAAAAUGGAGCCAAGGUUUUAUGUUGGGAGUUGAAUCCAUGGUCAAUUGAAGGGUUCAGGCGGAGUUUGGAGCAUGGUGGUUACAAGUACAAGAUUUACCAUACGAAUGAACCCUUUGUAAUUGAUGAUGUUGCAAAAUACGAUGCGUGUAUUUUCUUAGAGAGCAAUGAAGUUAUACCUAGUAGACUUGAACAGGCGAGAGAUAACAGUAUGAACAUAAGCCACAUUAACCUAGGCUUACUACCAACUUCAAAACCAAGCUGGUCCAUAGCUAAUAAUUUGAUUGCCAAAAAGUCAAUGUCAAAUUUGCCUACACUAGUUCACGUGCAUGAAAAUGUUCACGUUGAUGAUUUUGAUAACAUGAAGAAUGAGAUAGAAUCUAAAUAUGAUAACAGCAGAGUCAUACAUAUAGAAAAGGUAAAGACGUUUGCGCCGGAUGUGUGGCACGCGGUUUUCGACGUUGUCAUUGAACAUGAAUAG